CGGGGCAUGUAGUUGUGUUACUGUUUAUCUUUAUCAUUGACUGUCAGGAUGUUUGCGCGAAAAAUGCGCAACCUAUUUAACCCACAAAAUUUCUACGAAGUACAACAACCAAUAUUAAAAGUUACCUUCAUUACCGGAAUGACCCCGUUUACUAUUGUACGAGAAGAACCAAAUGUUGCUGGAUUACGGUGCACCGCAUUCGGAUAUUUAAACAGUACAGUUCACAUUGUUUUCUUCUGCGUUUGUUACGUUAUGGCAUUAAUUCAAAAGGAAAGUGUAACGCGGUACUUUUUUCAAACAGAAAUCAGUACCCUGGGUGAUAUCCUACAAGUCAUGACAGGGUUAGUGGCACUUGUGCUAACGUUUUUCUACACUAUUUUUCAACGCAAUAAAUUGAUUCACGCGUUUAAUUUGUUGGCCAAUACUGAUGAGCAGUUUCAAAAUAUUGGAUUUGAAAUUAACUACAAAAGCACACUUUUGUACAACUAUUUCAUUAUUACCGUUCAGAUUUUGAUUCUUGGUAUCAAUUGUGGUAUUUCUAUUGGUGUAACUCAAUUUUCUACCAUUCAUCCGAGUUUUACUGCAUGGGUAUCUUUUUUCCUUCCAUUCAUAAUGAUAACAUUGGUCAUUUGCCUUUUCGUAUGUCUGGUUCAGCAAGCCCGAUAUCGGUUCUACAUGUUGAAUAGAAUUCUUGCAACUCUUCGGCACGCGAGUUUGGAGAAAAAAAUUCUCUCGCAGGACGAUAAACCGACUACUGUCCAAGUAAUGAAAAUUCAAAAGCCGUUGGGAAUUUCGGCUAAAUAUUCCAACAGCAACCGAUAUCUGCUGGAUGUGAUCAACAAGAUAGCCCGUAUUCAGGACGAACUGUGCGAAGCUUGCUGCUUCGUGGAAGAAUACUUCAAAAUUCAGAUGCUCGCCAUCGUGACUAUUUCCUUCCUGAUCGUAGUGUUUGAUUCGUACUACAUUUUGGAAAUGCUUUUCACGCAAACUUAUGUACACACAGUUUUCAGCAAGAUUCAGUUUGUGAUGUAUUUCCUGUGCCAGGCGAUCGUGCAAGUGGUUGGGGUGUUCAAAAUUGUCUUCUUCAGCAGUUUAGCGAAAAAAGAAAACGACAAAAUUGCUGUUAAUGUUCACAAAUUGAUUAAUGUCAACAACUACGACGACGAUGUGGUCAAACAGCUGUCCAACCUUUCUCUGCAGUUGACCCACCGAAAAGUAUCUUUCACAGCGUAUGGAUUAUUCAACUUAGAUUUCACACUUCUGUUCACGUUGACUGGUGCAGCAACAACGUAUCUGGUAAUCCUCGUGCAGUUCACGAUUAAUCAAAACGAGCUUUGCGGACCAAAACUGAUCAAUUCAACGAUUGCUUCUCUAGCAAAAAAUGCAUCAUUGUUUCAAAACGAUUAAAGUAGUGUAGUCGGCUUUACACUUGUGUUUGUUCCAGCUUGCAAUUUGUGACGCACCAAUGAAACAAUAUAAACUUAUGAAGUAAUUUUUAACGAUCCUCGUCAAGUGUAAGGCACCUCAAAUGAAGUGAUAAAAUCUAGUGAGCUAGAUAUGAUAUUUCAAAUAUCUCAAAUAA